GAAAGUCCUGUGCAGAUGUGUUUCAGGCCGAACAUUGAUUGUAAUCUAGUUUGAGCCGUCAGGAUGAGAAACGUCUCAGUGAUCCUCCUCUUCUGUUUCACAGCUAACAUCACUGAGACCACUUCUGCUGUGACAACAGAAGAAUCACCAUCUACAUGUUCAGAGAUCACUGAGACCACCUCUGUUGUGGAAACAGAAACAUCAUCUACAUCUUCAGAGAUCUUUGAGACCACCUUUGCUGUGACAACAGAAAUGUCAUCAUCUACCAUUCCAGGUCUGAAUAUCAGAAUUCUUGAAGAUUGCAAGGCUAAUGCCAGCCAAGAGUGUACAAAGAACAUCUUGAGUCAGAUUGACAACAUCACUACUGAAGUGUUACCAAAAAAAGAUGUGGAGAAAGCAUUGGAGUUCCUUACCACUCAACAACACCGUCAGCCAACUAACCAAGAUGAACUAGUACCCUCUUUCAAUAAUGUACUGAGAGCCACUGACAAACUGAUGACUACUUUGGUGAAGAAAGUAGAGACCAACUCUUCUAUUAGCAUCUCCCUUAAAACUAUAGAGGCUCGUGUUAUUGAAGUUGGACCAAGGUGUUCCUUGACAAAAAUCCCUCACCUUGACACACCAGAUGCUAAAAUGGACAUUGAUCUCAUUGAGAUUUCUAAAAACAAGAAGAAUAAAGGGCACGCUGCUGUAGCGUUCAUGAGCUACACCAACAUGUCGAAUUCCAGACUGUUCAGUACAACUAUCAACACAAAAAAACUUAUGUCCACUGUGGUUUCAGCCACGCUCCCCAGAACCGAAAACACAAGCCUCACCAAACCAGUCAAGUUCACCCUGAGGCACACUGCAGAGAUGGAUACCAAUGAUAUGCUCUCUUGUGUAUAUUGGAAAGAAACUGACUGGGUCACGGAUGGCUGUACACGCAUAGAGACCAACAGCAGUCAUUCUGUCUGCUCCUGUUAUCACCUGUCAACCUUUGCUCUCAUCAUGCAGAUCAAGCCAUCUAAGAAUGACCAUCGUUUGGAUGAGUUCAGCAUGGUGGCUGAGUCACUGGGGCUGAUGUUCUUGGUGUUGACUCUCUUGACCUUUGCCCUCUGUCGAAGGAACCAGAGAGUGAUCAACACAGCCCGGAUCCAUCUGUGUGUAAGCCUGUUGUUGGCCCACUUCCUCUUCCUGCUUACACAAAUAUUACUGAAGAGCAAAUCUUUACAGCCUCUCAAGUUGGCGUGUGCAGUGAUGGCAGGUGUUCUACACUUCCUCUUCCUCUCUGCUUUUGUGUGGAUGUUCAUUGAGGCACUGAUGCUCUUCAUUGCUGUAAAGAAUCUGUCACGUCCCAAAUCAAAGCAGAAGGAGUUGCUUAAAUGGAAGCUUUUAACUGUGGUUGGGUACAUGGUCGCUCUGUUUGUGGUGGGCGUGUCUGCUGGAGUGGUACCUGAUGGAUACGGCAGUGAAGAAUGCUGGCUUAAGAGUGACAAAAACGUCAUCUGGAGCUUUCUGGGUCCUGUUUCUUUCAUCCUUGCAUGCAACAUAAUCCUCUUCAGUUUGAUUGCUAUCAGUCUGGGAUAUUCUCUGGUUCACCUGAACAGUAAAGUUUCACAGAUAAAACAAACCAGGACUGUUUUCUUUAAAACCAUGGCCCAGUUUGUCAUCGUUGGCUGCCCCUGGAUUCUGGGUUUCUUCACCACCAACAGUAAGGCUCUGGAGAUAGUCUUCGUGAUCCUCCUCUCUCAGCAAGGCACCUUCAUCUUCAUCGUCCACUGUGUCCUCAGUAAAGAGGUAAGGCAAGAGUACAGGAAGCUGCUGAGUGGUUUUCAGGCCAAUUUCUCUCCAACCACCAUCACUGAAGCCCACACCACACAAGGAGGAAGUACAGAUCUACACACCAGUUGAAUUCAAAGCUAUGAUAAUAAUAAUAAUAAUCCAGCA